CUCAGAGUCAAACGACGGACGGACCUGAGCAAGCUCGGCCUGCCCGAAGCUAAGCCGGCGUCCGUGUCCAGGAGGAACGCCCGGGAGAGGAACCGGGUGAAGCAGGUCAACCUGGGGUUCGAGACACUUCGCGAGCACGUCCCCAACGGAAAGAAAAACAAAAAGAUGUCUAAAGUUCAGACUCUGAGAUCCGCUGCGCAGUACAUCAAAGACCUGUACAUGAUUUUG